CGCCCCCGCGGCGCUAUCGGAGCCAAGAUGGCGACCGAGCUGGAAUACGAGUCUGUGCUGUGUGUGAAGCCUGACGUCAGCGUCUACCGGAUUCCGCCGCGGGCCUCGAACCGCGGCUACAGGGCAUCUGACUGGAAGUUAGACCAGCCGGAUUGGACGGGUCGCCUGCGAAUCACUUCAAAAGGGAAGGUCGCCUACAUCAAACUGGAAGAUAAAGUCUCAGGGGAGCUCUUUGCUCAGGCACCAGUAGAGCAGUACCCUGGUAUUGCUGUGGAGACGGUGACAGACUCCAGCCGCUACUUUGUGAUCAGGAUCCAGGAUGGUACCGGUCGUAGUGCGUUUAUUGGCAUUGGCUUCACAGAUCGGGGGGAUGCCUUCGACUUCAAUGUUUCCUUGCAAGAUCACUUCAAGUGGGUCAAGCAGGAAACUGAGAUUUCCAAAGAAUCCCAGGAAAUGGAUAAUCGUCCCAAGUUGGAUUUAGGCUUCAAGGAAGGACAGACUAUUAAGUUGAGCAUUGGGAACAUUACAACCAAGAAAGGAGGUGCUUCUAAGCCCCGGGCCACAGGGUCUGGGGGCCUGAGCUUACUCCCACCUCCCCCUGGAGGCAAAGUCACUAUUCCCCCGCCAUCCUCAGUCGCCAUCAGCAACCACGUCACCCCACCGCCGAUUCCAAAAUCUAACCAUGGAGGGAGUGAUGCAGAUAUCCUUUUAGAUUUGGAUUCCCCUGCUCCUGUCACGACUUCAGCACCAGCUCCAGUUUCUACAAGCAGUGACUUGUGGGGAGACUUCAGCACUGCAUCCAGCUCUGUUCCAAACCAGGCACCGCAGCCAUCCAACUGGGUCCAGUUUUGAGUAUCUUUGACAAGAUGUUAAGGACACACUUGAAGAAUAAAAAUGACCUCGAGGGCAACGUUCUGUGAGGGAGUUGGGACCGCUUCAUUUCCCAGAACCAAAAUCCAUGGACAAUCUUUUCCGUAGCUUCUCUGUUGCUUCCAGGCUGGAUUUUUUUGUUACCUCUGUGUUACUUGCUGUACAACCAGGAGACCAUCUGCUGUUUCCUGCACAACCAAGGCAGAGGAGUAGCGGAAAUUAUCACACUGGCCGACUGCAGAGUUCAGAAGGCCAGCUUUGGGAGUGACCUCUGACAUCUGUAAAUUCUUGAACUUCAGAAUCAUCUCAUGAUUCUUGCGUAUCUUUUUGUGAUGCCCUAGUUAGCAAUUUCAGGAGAGGCAAAUGCCUUGGAACUGUCUUUCCCACUAACCGAAGACUAAAAGUGGGUGGUCGGGCUUCAGUGCUUACAGAGUUAGAAUUUUCAUGGGGGUAGGUUUGCAGAAAGAGCAACUGGGUCUCUUCUGUAAGGCCUCCUUUAGGCUUACACCAUUUAGUGAGCAUCCAGUGCUGGCCACAGCACCCUCACCUUGUGUGUUUACAUGUCUUUUCCUUUCAUAAAAGGCACCCCGCUGUUUUCUACUUGUUGAACAGUGCAGCAUCUUUGAUGGUGGAUGUUUCUGAGAUGAAGGAGGAUCAAGGGGCUAUGCUUUCCAAGUUGUAGUCUCCAGAAGUGUUUUUGCUGCUUUUGAAGCAUAGCAUUAAUUUUGACUCACCCUGUGUGUGACCUAACGGUUUACCGAGUUUGAACUUGAUGUGUAGAGCAGAGAGGUGGAGGCACUCAGCUCUCAUGCAGUACCCACAUGCCUUGCUGCCUGGUCUGGAUCCCUUCUCAUAAGCAUUUCUUUCAGUCCUUUCAGCCGUCCACGGAAGCUGCUCUCAUAUAAUUGUCAGUGUGAAGGAGGUUAAGUCACAGCUUUACCUGUGACGGCCUUUGCCCCAGGCUUCGAUACCCAGCUAGGAUGUUUUAAAGCAAGUUGCCGUCCCCAUCACUUUCCUGUCCCUCUGCCCACCAUUCCUUUUACAGUGAGUGCUGUGAAGAAAGUCCUGCUCAGGCCAGUGGGUACUGUCCAUUUGUUCGUUGGGCAAUUGGAGGAUGGGACGGGAGAAUUUACAUUGUUCUGUGAGCAUCUGUUUGGAUAUGUACCUUCUGGCUGAAGAAGGUCCUUAUAUUUAAUUUCAAAUACAUUAUUUCCCCUGGAUAUUUUUCUUAGCUUUUUCAAACUUGGGGUCCAUUUGUUUCACAUUGCCUCCCCUUUCCAGGCAGCUCUCUUCUUGCAGAGCCAUGGCAGGACAUUUAAGGUUCCAAUAAAAACACUAAGAGGAAAAUAUAGAAAAUAUAGUGACUAACUAUUGGGAAACCUAUUUUCUCAAUCUUCCUCCAUUUUGUGUUCUUUGUAUUCUUAAGAUGAUAAUAUAUUAUGUAUUUGAAUUGCUGAAAAUGAAGUUGAAGAUAUAUGUAUAUAAAGCGUAUGCUGUAUUGGUGCAAUAAUGGAAAUUAAAGAUACAAAAAAAGGUGUUGUCUUCA